UUUCUUGAUAAAGUAUAUUUCAAGGAGCCUAUUCCUUGUCAGCACAAAACCUUAUAUAGAAUGUUAAAGUCACAAGUUACAUUUCAACUUAAAUCUAAGAUUAAACCACUGUUAAUAAUCAGAACAUUAAACAAUAUGUGUGUACUUAGAAUUCAAUCUUUUCACACUGUAUCACUGAUUGGCACAUUUGUAAAAUGUUUCACAUGUUCUGUUUAGGAUACUUCAAUGACAGGCCUGGAUCGCAUCCGGGAAUUGAUCGAGGAAUCUGACGUGAACCCUAUUAGGAAGAGCUGUGGCUUUAAAGGCACUGACCGUGAACGUCAGCCGAUGGGAUUGAAAACAGGGGAAGUGCCGAUGCGCCAGGCAAUGGCAUCCUCCUCUUUCAAAAUGCGUCCACGGCCUGAUGUUGUCACUCUGGGGAUUCGGGACAAGGUUGGAGAGCUUCUGCAUAUAAACACUUCACCGUGCGAUUACAAUGUGACAGCGAAACCGGUGGAGAAGAUGCCCCGCAAGCAUGCUAUAUUUCGGUCAAGCGUGCAAAGGAUCCCCUUUCCACCCAAGGAAGGCCCUGCUCCGGGUGCAUACACUCUUUCAAGCAAACCUGCAGAUGGUAUUACUUCCUGUUUCAAAUCCAAGUUGCCACGGCUCCACAGUGUACACUCGGUGACACCAGGGCCAGGAGCGUACGAACCCCACUGGAAGUGGCUUGACAACCUGACACUGAAGACGACGGUGGAACCAUCAUUCAGUCUCCUCUUCCGUAACACUCCUUAGUCCGACAAUUUAAGAGUAGCCCCCAUGCCAGUGAUGUUGUCUUCAUCCAGUAAUAAAUGUGAAUUGAAUUUACCAAA